GCACCCUCAUUUAACUCCAUUAUCGUCUCCUUUAUAACUCCCUAAUAAGCCCCCCUCCUCCUUAUCUUCCCUUCCCUUUUUCUCUUUUUGUUCUCCCUUUUCCCUCUUCCAUGGCAGACUCUGAACCUACCACCCACCACCUCACCCUUCCCCCCGGGAUAACCCACGACGUGUUCGACGAGUUAAUCCCUUCCAUCACUCAGUUCCACACCUACUCAGUAUCUCCCGGAAGAUGUUCUUCCUUAUUGGCCAAACGUAUCGACGCCCCACACGACGUUGUUUGGUCCAUCGUACGCCGUUUCGACAAACCCCAAACCUACAAACAUUUCAUCAGAAGCUGCGCCGUUGAAGAAGGCUCGCGUUUGGCGGUGGGAUGCACGCGUGCUGUGAACGUGAUCUCCGGGCUACCAGCUGAUACCAGCACCGAGAGACUCGAUAUUUUGGACGAUGAACGACGGGUCACCGGGUUUAGUAUCAUUGGAGGAGAACAUCGGUUGAGGAAUUACCGGUCGGUGACGACGGUUCACGGUUUCAACCGUAACGGGAGGAUAUGGACCGUCGUUUUGGAAUCUUACGUCGUCGAUGUCCCGGAAGGUAAUACGGUGGAAGACACUCGACUGUUUGCCGAUACCGUUGUCAAGUUGAACUUGAAAAAGCUAGCGUCCGUUGCCGAGAGGUUAGCGCGUGAUGGUCACGGUAAUAGAUCUUAGUGUGACGUUUGAAAAAAAA